AUGCGCCUAUCAAUCUCCACUGCUUCUUCUCCUCCGUUCAGCUACAAGAGGUAUACCUGUUUAGGCUGGAGAAUAGGUCGUUGUCUCUCCAGCGCGGCUGUUCCAUUCCUUCGCGAAAAUGCUGUACAGGUUCCUGUGGGAAGUAAUGGGAACAUCACCCUAACUAUCCUGUCUCCUAAGGCGGAAUCAAAGUCCAAUAGCUCGAAUCUCAUACUCUACCUCCCUCCCGGCCCCCUUUUUGACCGGUCACAAUACACCAAAGGCCAUGGUUCUACGGGUACAACGAGUACAUCAAACAGUUCCUCUGUUGCAAAGCAGAAUACUUUCACAUUGUUACCAGAAGAGAAUCUGGCAGUAACUACUCUAUGUACUACUGUGGUGGUGAAAUACCGUCUUGGAAGAAUACAAGUGGCCGGAAUCCGAAAGACCUACAGGUAUCCUACGCCAGUGCACGAUACAUUGGCUGGACUUGACUGGGCAAAGAAUCAGUUUCAGCCAGAUAAUGUCUUUGUUUUUGGGAGACAUAUCGGUGGCUCGUUGGCGCUUAUGUUGGCGCUAACCGAAGCUCGGGGACUCAAGGGUGUUGCAGCAGAAGAGCCAAUAUGCGAUUGGGUUGGCUUAGACGAUUACUGCAUUACAGAUAUCGAAAAAGCAGGGCCUGAUACGGAGAAGCCUGAGAUAGAGCAACAUAAAGAAUCGGCACGGAAACGCGGCCGGAAGAAAAAGGAGCCUCUACCAACACCAGCGGACCUUGUACCUCUGCUUGAUGCAAGGCGCCGACUCUUCCCUACCCCGGAGAAGUACUUUGAUUCUUUCGCGUCUCCAACCCUUUUCCUCCGAACUUCAGGAAAAUAUAUACCUUUGGUGUUUCCGCCUUAUCUGACAGGGCCGGAGUAUCCCACACCUGUUCUAAAACGGCAGCCCAAGACUGAAGCGGACGCGUUAUACAUGACGGAUUUACUUACUUCGUCACCGUCGGAAAACUCAACGAGCACAGAUGACAGAGAAAAUAUAUCAGACAAGUCUCUCACGUCACUGAUCAAACCUGUACGUAAACGAAAAGUGAUAUCGCGCUGGCCGCCCUCGGGACUGGAUUAUGGGCUGGAAGCUUAUGAAGCGCAGAAUCGAUGGGUUAAACGGGAAGAAACUGUGCUCCCAGAUGUUCGGAUAUUCGUCCGUGAUGAAGAUCUGUAUGCAAAAGAGUUGGAAAAUCAGGAUAAGGCUACGAGUUUGGAUAGCAGUAUCAAUACCCAGAUGGAAGCUUUGAAGCUGGACGGUUAUUCGAAUGGCCAGGAAAUGGGUCAGAAUUCCCAAUCAAAAGGCAAACCACGUGCGGCCACUCGAUUCCGGGGAUCUCUUCGAGACAUAGGACCAAUAAAUGGUAAUACUGUGCUAGCUCGCCAGGGACAAGAGAUGGUUUCCCUCAUGCGCAAUGCUUGCUUUUGGGGCAGAAAAAGAGGAGCUGCUGAACGAUGUGUGAAGCUGGUUCCAAUCUUACCUCCCGAUGCGGAUCAUAUAUCUAGUUCUUCCGACAAUGAAGCUGCAGAUUCUGCCCCUUAUGAGGUAAGACCUGUUGAAGUGCAAGCUGGCCAUCGCUUCAUGGAGAUCCUGCAGGAAAGUAAACAAGAGUAG